AUGUUCCACCCACUUGACCCCCUCUCCCCGGUGGAGCUUCGCAAGGUGUCGCAGACCGUCCGAGCCUACCAUGCCCCAACUCCGGUCCGGUUUAAGGUCAUUGACUUGCUGGAAACGCCCAAGACAACUCUGAUGGCGUACCUGCGCGACAGGACAGCAAGCGUCCAGGCGCCUCCCCGCAAGGGAUACACCUACUACCAUAAACAAGGCAGCCAGACGCUACGCAAAGCCAAGGUGAACAUCACCACUGGCAAGGUGGAAGAGGAUACCGAGCACCCAGAUAUCCAAGGGCCGGCAGAUAUGGAUGAGAUCGAGCGGAUUUUGAAAGUCUGCAGCGAGCAUCCAGAUGUUCUGAAAGAGAUUGAGAAGCUGAAGUUACCGAAGGGUGCUUCUGUCAUCAAUGAUCCGUGGUGUUAUGGAACGGAUGAUGCGAACGAGCGCCGUCGCUUGUACCAAUGCUACAUGUAUAUCGUGCUGAACGACGACCCCGAAGCGAAUCAUUACUCCCUUCCUGCUUCGUUCGCUCCUAUCUUCGACGCCCAUACACUCGAACUGCUUGAAAUUGAGAGACUUCCGCUAGGAGCCGGCCCCCAGGUAGCAUCCGAGACUCAGCCAUGGGAGCCUGCGGAACCGGUUGAAUACAGCCAAACGUUGCUGGGCAAGGAUUAUUUCCGCAAGGAUCUCAAGCCUCUUCACGUUGUGCAACCCGAAGGCCCAUCCUUCCGGAUCGACGGUCGCCAGGUGAGCUGGCAAAAGUGGUCGUUCCAUAUGGGAUGGACGGUGCGCGAAGGGCCCGUUCUGAACAAUGUCUACUACGACGGACGGUCCAUCUUCCAUCGUGUCUCGAUGAGUGAAAUGACCGUGCCAUAUGGCGAUCCUCGCACUCCGUACCAUCGCAAACAAGCGUUCGAUCUCGGUGAUUCUGGCUUCGGCAUCACCUCGAAUACGCUGACCCUAGGCUGCGACUGUCUUGGGCACAUUGCCUAUUUUGACGGACUUCGGACCACAGGGGCCGGAGAGCCAUUGUUGAUGAAGAACGUGAUUUGCAUGCACGAAGUGGACGACGGAGUUGGUUGGAAGCACACCAACCUGCGGAAUGGACAAGCUUCAAUGGUGCGAAACAGACAGCUGGUAAUCCAGUGUACAGCCACGAUCAUGAAUUACGAAUACAUUCUCGCCUUCAUCCUCGACCAGGCGGCGAACUUACAUAUCGACGUAAAAGCCACUGGUAUCAUGUCGACUAUGCUUAUCAGCAAGAAGACGCUGUCCCCAUGGGGAACGGUCGUGGCACCGGGAGUUCUCGCGGUCAACCACCAGCACCUGUUCAGUGUCCGAGUCGAUCCAGCCUUGGACGGCGUGCGAAACACUGUUGUGUGCGACGAUAUCAUCCCUGUUCGCAACGAACCCGACCUGGAUCCUUUUGGUUGCGCUUUCCGAGUGCAAACCACGCCCAUCAAGCGACCGGGAGGGUAUGAUCUGGACUUGACCAAGUCCCGAACCUAUCGAAUCAUCAACCCCGACCACAUCAAUGCCGUUUCUGGCAAGCCGGUCGGCUACAAGCUGCACGCUUGGCCGAGCCAGAUGCUCAUGAUGGGACCCGAGACUUUCAACUACCAACGAGGUCAUUUCUCGAGCAAGCCCAUCUGGGUCACGUCAUACAAGGAAGGUGAGCUAUGGGCUGCGGGCGAGUUCACCAACCAAAGCCGUCAGGACACGGGGUUGGGAGUCUGGGCCCGUCGUGGCGAAAAUGUUGAGAACGAAGAUGUCGUGCUCUGGCAUACAUUUGGUGUGACCCACAUCACGCGACCUGAAGAUUUCCCCGUCAUGCCGGUGGAGAAGAUGUCGAUUUCUCUGAAGCCAACCAGCUUCUUUGAGCUGAACCCUUCCAACGAUGCUCCUCGUUCAAGCCAGAGCCAGAACAAGUCCACCUUGGUGGAACAUUCCAGUGUUGGGCCGGAUUCAUGCGGCAAGUGCAGUCUAUAG